CAGGAGGCAGAGAAGGAAGUGUCAGGAGGGUGCUGGCUGACACUGCCCAAUUGGGGAUGCCAGGCCCAACCCUGGGCUGGAGCUGGUUGUUGCUUCAUUCAGAGCUGCUCUGUGCUGGGGGAGUGGGAGACCUGGCCUUGGCAGGCAGGAUUCCUGCCAGGGUAUCUGGAAGGAGGGUGACCGAGCAGGAUCUGCCAGCCUGGCACGUUCUUAUCAGCUCCUAGGAGACAUGCCUGUUCCCCACACCCGCUCCCUGCCAGGCCCUGAGUGAAGGUGUCUCUGGUGGGUGCAUCCACGCAGACAACGAGCACACAUCAAACACUGCCCAGCACACCCCACCCCACCCCGCUGUCCUGUGCACCACGCAGUAGCCAAGCAGCACACAGGUACACAGCACACAGCACAACCUCUAUCCAGCACAAAGCACAGCACAGCACACACACGGCACCAGCACGUGCCACAAACAGACAGCCACACCGGCAUCCACUGCCACCGUUCACCCACACAGCGAAGUGCACCACAGCACACACCCACAAACACUAAAACAUGUCGAUACACUCAGCAGCCGCUUGGCUCCCACAGUACAAACAGCGCAGUACCUCGCACACUCGGAAUCUUCGCCUCCUCAUCUGUACACCCACAAUGCGCAAUCACAGCACGCACUCCCGCAAACACUGGCGUGCUCCUGCCCCACCUCCGCACAUGCGCCCACCUGUGUCACAGGAAAUUUAUUCAGUCCGAACCUCAGCAUACCUAGAAGACAGCGUCCAGCCUGACACACAGAGAGCGAGGCCCAGACAAUGCAUGAAGCACUCCCUGUGCUCCCAGGUGUACCCUUCCACACACAUGCGCGCACUCAUGGUGCCUGACUGUGCUGAGAGCCCCGGGCAGUCCUCUCUGCCCGGUGCCCACCUCCCUGUUCUCAUGGGUCCCAGCCAGAUGGUGGCUUGCUUGCCCAAGGUCACUGUCCCCGGGGAGGCCCUCAGAGCCUCUGUGCUGGCUUCUGCCCUGGACGCACUCUUGUAAUCACUGUAAUCACAGUGCCAUGCCUGGCACGAUGCCUCUCUGGAAACCUCCACCCCUGACCUCGAUUGUCCCCUUGUUCUUCCUGGGGAGAGGGAGGAAGGAAGUGGGGCUCAGAGAUGGACUGCUCACCCCAAGUCUCAAGGCCUGUACAGCUCCCCCAGGCUGAGGUGAGGCCAGCUGUGGGGGAGUGACAGGGUGGGACCCUGGGGUGUCCCCCACUCUCUCCAGCUGCCAGGGGCAAGGAGUAGGAAGAGCAGCAACUUCCAGUUCUGCUGCCCAGGUUGGGGUGGGCUGGUAGCCCCAGAUGUCAGCAUCUGGGGACCUCCACUGGCCCCUGCAUCUCCGCCAGCCAGAGGGUGGGGCCCAGGCAUUCCUGUGGUUGGGAGCCAAGGCUGGAGGCCAAUCGGGCCUCGGCAGCUGCUGACGCCACCACCGACGCGGCAAGGCCCUCCACACCCAUCCUCCCUCCCUCCUCCUCCCGCCAGCCAGCCAGCCGGGAGAGCGGGGUGGGAGCAAGGGGGAGCCGCAGUGAGGGCAGACAGAAGGGACCAGAGGCCCCAGCCAGGGUGGCACAGUGGUCAGUGGGGGGGUUAGCCAGAGCUGGGGGUGGGCGGAGGCGGGCAGGGAUGCUGCCGCCGCCGUGAAGAUGCCGGGAGCCUGGAGAGACGGUGGGAUGGCAGGAGGGAGAGGCCUACUCCCAGGAUGCCUACCUGAAGGGGAACGAGCCGUAUUCUGGAGAGGCCCGCAGCAUCCCGGAGCCACCCCCAAUCUGCUACCCCCGAAAGACCUACGCUGCUCCGGCCCGGGUCUCCACCCGGGCCACUAUGGUGCCUGAGCCCACCUCAGCACUGCCCAGUGACUCCCGGAGUCCUGCUGCCUGGAGUGACCCGAGGCUCUGUGUGCCACCCUCUGCCCGUGCCCACCUGGACAACUCCUCCUUGGGGAUGAGCCAGCCCUGCCCCAGCCCUGGUGCCUUCCCCCACCUCGCCUCGGAGCCCCGGACGCCCUGUGCCUUCCCGGAGCCUGGCAGCCGGGUCCCCCCAAGCAGACUGGAGUGCCAGCAGGCCUUGUCACACUGGCUGUCAAACCAGGUACCCCGCAGGGCGGGGGAGAGACGGUGCCCAGCCAUGGCUCCCCCGGCCCGCAGCGCCUCCCAGGACCGGUUGGAGGAGGUGGCCGCCCCCCGCCCAUGGCCCUGCUCCACCUCCCAGGAUGCCUUGAGCCAGCUGGGCCAGGAGGGCUGGCACCGAGCUCGCUCAGAUGACUACUUGAGCCGGGCCACCCGUUCCGCUGAGGCACUGGGACCAGGGGCACUGGUGUCACCCCGCUUUGAGCGGUGUGGCUGGGCUUCCCAGCGUGCAUCUGCCCGCACCCCUGCCUGUCCAACUCGGGACCUGCCAGGGCCCCAGGCCCCACCCCCACCUGGGCUGCAGGGCCUGGACGACCUUGGGUACAUUGGCUACCGGAGCUACAGCCCAUCAUUCCAGCGCCGGACUGGCCUCCUGCACGCACUCUCCUUCCGGGACUCACCCUUUGGGGGGCUACCUACCUUCAACCUGGCCCAGUCCCCUACACCGUUCCCACCAGAGGCUUCUGAGCCACCCAGGGUUGUCCGGCCGGAACCCAGCACCCGGUCCCUGGAACCUCCUGCGGAGGAUCGCCGCGAUGAGGUAGUCCUGAGGCAGAAGCCCCCGACGGGCCGAAAGGUUCAGCUGACCCCCGCAAGGCAAAUGAACCUUGGAUUUGGUGACCAGUCCCCAGAGCCAGAGGCCAGUGGGCGAGGGGAACGCCUGGGCAGGAAGGUGGCUGCUUUGGCUGCCACUGAAGACUCUCUGGCUUCCAUCCCCUUUAUCGAUGAGCCCACCAGCCCCAGCAUUGACCUCCAAGCCAAGCACGUCCCUGCCUCUGCUGUGGUCUCCAGUGCCAUGAACUCGGCCCCCGUCCUGGGCACCAGCCCAUCCUCCCCAACCUUCACCUUCACCCUGGGACGCCAUUACUCGCAGGACUGCAGCAGCAUCAAGGCUGGCCGCCGCUCCUCCUACCUGCUGGCCAUCACCACGGAGCGCUCCAAGUCCUGCGAUGAUGGGCUCAACACCUUCCGGGACGAGGGUCGGGUUCUGCGGCGCCUGCCAAACCGUGUCCCCAGCCUGCGGAUGCUCCGGAGCUUCUUCACGGACGGGUCCUUGGAUAGCUGGGGCACCUCUGAAGAUGCUGACGCUCCUUCUAAGCGACACUCAACCUCUGACCUCUCAGAUGCGACCUUCAGUGAUAUCAGGAGAGAAGGCUGGUUGUAUUAUAAGCAGAUCCUCACCAAGAAGGGGAAGAAAGCGGGCAGCGGCCUGCGCCAGUGGAAGCGGGUGUACGCCGCGCUGCGGGCGCGCUCGCUCUCGCUGAGCAAGGAGCGGCGGGAGCCCGGGCCGGCGGCGGCGGGGGCUGCGGCGGCCGGCGCAGGUGAGGACGAGGCGGCGCCAGUCUGCAUCGGCUCCUGCCUCGUGGACAUCUCCUACAGCGAGACCAAGAGGAGGCACGUGUUCCGGCUGACCACCGCUGACUUCUGUGAAUAUCUCUUUCAGGCUGAGGACCGGGAUGACAUGCUGGGCUGGAUCAGAGCGAUCCGGGAGAACAGCAGGGCCGAGGGCGAGGACCCCGGCUGUGCCAACCAAGCUCUGAUCAGCAAGAAGCUUAAUGAUUAUCGCAAAGUGAGCCAUAGCUCUGGGCCCAAAGCUGAUUCCUCCCCGAAAGGCUCUCGAGGCCUGGGGGGCCUCAAGUCUGAGUUCCUCAAGCAGAGUGCAGCACGUGGCUUCAGGACUCAGGACCUGCCCGCAGGGAGCAAGGAUGACAGUGCUGCAGCUCCCAAAACCCCCUGGGGCAUCCAUAUCAUCAAGAAAAAUAAAAAGGCCGCCCCAAGGGCGUUUGGGGUCAGGCUGGAGGAGUGUCAGCCAGCCACGGAGAACCAGCGUGUCCCCUUAAUCGUGGCUGCGUGCUGUCGCAUUGUGGAGGCUCGAGGGCUGGAAUCCACAGGCAUUUACCGAGUGCCUGGCAAUAAUGCAGUGGUGUCCAGCCUGCAGGAGCAGCUCAACCGAGGGCCUGGGGACAUCAACAUGCAGGAUGAGCGCUGGCAAGACCUCAAUGUCAUCAGCAGCCUGCUGAAGUCCUUCUUCCGAAAGCUGCCCGAGCCUCUCUUCACUGAUGACAAAUACAACGACUUCAUCGAGGCCAACCGCAUUGAGGAUGCACGGGAGCGGAUGAGGACGCUGAGGAAGCUGAUCCGGGAUCUCCCAGCACACUACUACGAAACACUCAAAUUCCUUGUGGGCCAUCUCAAGACCAUCGCUGACCACUCUGAGAAAAACAAGAUGGAACCCCGGAACCUGGCCCUAGUCUUUGGUCCGACAUUGGUGAGGACGUCUGAGGACAACAUGACAGACAUGGUGACCCACAUGCCUGACCGCUACAAGAUCGUGGAAACACUGAUCCAGCAUUCAGACUGGUUCUUCAGUGAUGAAGAGGACAAGGGAGAGAGAACCCCUGUGGGCGACAAGGAGCCUCAGGCAGUGCCCAACAUUGAGUACCUCCUGCCCAACAUUGGCAGGACAGUGCCCCCUGGUGACCCAGGGUCAGAUUCUGCCACCUGUAGUUCAGCCAAGUCCAAGGGCUCGUGGGCCCCCAAGAAGGAGCCGUAUGCCCGGGAGAUGCUGGCGAUCUCCUUCAUCUCGGCGGUCAACCGCAAGCGCAAGAAGCGGCGGGAGGCGCGGGGGCUGGGCAGCAGCACCGACGAUGAUUCGGAGCAGGAGGCGCACAAGCCCGGGGCGGGGGCCACGGCGCCGGGGGCUCGGGAGCGGCCGCAGGGGUCGCUGCCGGGCGCCGUCGCCCCCGAGGCUCCUGGAUGCCUCAGCCCCCCGGCGGCGCCCGAGGAGCGGCCGGCCGCGGACACCCGCUCCAUCGUGUCGGGCUACUCCACCCUGUCCACCAUGGACCGCAGCGUGUGCUCGGGUGCGGGCGGCCAGCGGGCGGGCGCAGGGGACGAGGCAGACGAUGAGCGCAGCGAGCUGAGCCACGUGGAGACGGACACGGAGGGCGCGGGGCCUGGGGGGCGCCUGGCGCGCCGGCCGUCCUUCAGCUCGCACCACCUCAUGCCCUGUGACACCCUGGCACGCCGCCGCCUGGCCCGGGCCCGCCCGGACAGUGAGGGCACGGGCCGGGGUGGUCCCUGCACCCCCGAGCCGCCCGGCUCGGCGUCGUCCAGCAGCCAGGAGUCGCUGCGGCCCCCGGUGGCGGCGCUGGUUUCGCGGCCCUCGCUCAUGGAGACACUGCGGCUGCGGCUCCGCGGCACGGCCGAUGACAUGCUUGCCGUGCGCCUGCGGCAGCCGCUAUCGCCCGAGACCCGGCGGCGCCGGAGCAGCUGGCGCCGCCACACCGUGGUAGUGCAGAGCCCGCUGACCGACCUCAACUUCAACAAGUGGAAGGAGCUGGAUGGAGGGGGCCCCCCGGAGCCUGCGGGCGCGCGGGCGCACAGUGACAACAAGGAUUCCGGCCUUAGCAGCCUGGAGUCCACCAAGGCACGGGCUCCGUCAUCUGCGGCCUCGCUACCGCCCAUGCGCGGGGACCCGGGGACUCUGCAGAGCCAGCCCCUACGCCGCUCGGCCGCCUCUCGCCUGCAUCAGUGUCUGUGAUCCCCCCCUCUCCCGUGCCGCUUGGGCCCCACCCUUCCCCACAGCCCCUUGGGAACCAGGAGGCUCCUCCGGCCUGCACCCCCCUCUUCUGUGACCCCUGGGUGCAGGCCAUGUCUCUAGUUCGUGUGCUGGAACUGGCAGGGGG